UUUGUCCUUAAAUGCACAACCCCUCCUCCCCUUGAAACCAGUUUCUGAAAGGAGUGACCUGAGACUGCAUUAGGUCCUCGCUGGAAUAACACAAAAAACUCACAAGCUGAAGAAAGCUUGAGCCUUUGAAGCACAAGGGGUGUUUUUUUGUUGGUUGAUUAAGUGAGAAAGGAAAAAAAAUGUCAAAGGAAGUGAGUGAAGAAGGACAAAGUCGCAAGGACUAUGUCGACCCUCCACCAGCACCACUGAUUGACAUGGCUGAGCUCAAGCUCUGGUCUUUUUACAGAGCCCUCAUAGCUGAGUUCAUAGCCACUCUACUUUUCCUCUAUGUUACCGUGGCCACUGUAAUUGGCCACAAGAAACAACAAGAUGCAUGUGAUGGAGUUGGUCUCUUGGGUAUUGCUUGGGCUUUUGGUGGCAUGAUCUUUAUUCUUGUUUACUGCACUGCCGGUAUCUCAGGCGGUCACAUUAACCCUGCAGUGACUUUUGGGUUGUUUUUGGCCCGGAAGGUGUCUUUGAUAAGGGCUGUUGCUUACAUGGUAGUUCAGUGUUUGGGUGCUAUCUGUGGAGUUGGGUUGGUUAAAGCUUUCAUGAAGCAUGAGUACAACUCACAAGGUGGUGGUGCAAACUCUGUGGCUUCUGGCUACAACAAGGGAACUGCUUUGGGAGCUGAGAUUAUUGGCACUUUCGUACUUGUUUACACUGUUUUCUCAGCCACUGACCCUAAGAGGAGCGCCCGUGACUCGCACGUCCCAGUGUUGGCUCCCCUUCCUAUUGGGUUUGCCGUGUUCAUGGUUCACUUGGCUACAAUCCCCAUCACUGGCACUGGUAUCAACCCUGCCAGGAGUUUCGGUGCUGCUGUUAUCUACAACAACGAGAAAGCCUGGGAUGACCAUUGGAUUUUCUGGGUUGGUCCUUUCGUUGGAGCUCUUGCAGCAGCUGCAUACCAUCAGUACAUCCUUAGAGCUGCUGCUAUCAAGGCUUUGGGAUCCUUCCGCAGCAACCCUAGCAACUAAAGACUCAUCGAAAACCAAAAUAGCUUUGUCUCCACUUCUCUUUUCCUUCUUCAUUUGUUUGUUUGUGUGUUUUUGUGUGUAAUGAGAGGAUAAUUAUGAUGAUGAUGACCUUUUUUUGUUAUUAGCAUUUGCCCCUGUAUCAUUGUUCUUGAGUAGUGGUGUUGAUUUUUUUUUCUUUUCAUUGUUUGCAGUGGUUGCACUUUUAAUCUUUUGGCAUUAGAUUCCUUGUCGAGUAAUUUCCAAUGCAAUUUCCAUUCAAUCC